AUGCCGAAAGAGCUGCCCAAGGUCGACUUGGAGCACCCAAGCGACCUGGACUAUAUCAUCAACGCAGUACGAAAGUAUGCGUUAGAUGCAGGGAAAGAGCGCUUGCGGGCGCGUGGGCUGCACGGCGCCGCGUCCUCGCUCGAGGACACGCUCGAGCACGCGGUGGAGCGCUGGGUCUAUGCCGCGCGCACACGGCUCAUGCACAACGUGCUGAUCAAUGGCAUGACCUUUUCCGAAUACAGCAAGCAGGCAGCGGCUACGGAACCAUUCGACGAGGCGCUCGCGAACAAGGUCGACACCUUGGCCGAGGAAGUCGACGAGCUCGCGGAGCGCGUCGUCUCUUGCCGCAAGGCGAUCCCUACUGCCUAUGCACAGGCGGUCCAGCGCCGCUCCGAGGCGCUUGGCACGCUCGCCGAUGCGCGCGAAGAGCGGCGACAGCGCCGCCUGCGCACCGCGAAACCCCGCGCACGCUUCCCCGCGCUGGCCAAAGGCGAGCCUCUGAGUGUCGAUCUCGAAGCCAAGGGCCGGUCUGAGGAUGCGUUGCGCACCGUAUAUACCCAGCUGGAGCAGCUCCGCGUGCUGCGGGACUUUGUGCUAUAG